GGUGCUCCCCUCUCCUCUUCCCCGCUCCCAGGCGUCUCCCCUCCCCUGGGGCUGGUUGGUAUGCGCCCGUUUUCCCGCCCGCGUUCCAGGGGUUCCCGAAAGUCUCUGUCCUGGGACCUAGUCGCUUACACCCUUGCGUUUACUGAACUCUCCGACGUGCAGCUUGUCCCUAGGGUACCAAGUAGGAAACGUUCGCGGUUAGGUCUAAGACCGAUCAAGAAUUACCAGGGUUCGAAACAAAUUCUUGGACCUUCUCAGGAGGUGACAGAAUCUGUUAAAAAGCAGUCGGCAACUCCGUGCGUCGGGGUUCUUAAGAAUGAGCCCAGAGCGCUGGGACUUACCGUCACGCAUCUGGGAAAGGUCUGAAGUGGGGGAAGAAGAACUUGCCUGGGCUUCGUGCCUGUGUUUUGCUUGUUUUUGCUAAGGGAUAUGCCUCUUGAGUUGAUGUUUGCCCCAGCGGUUCACCUCGAAAAAGUUAUCUGUAGCUUUCGCCCCUUUGCUCGUGCGCUCCUUUUCUUUGUUCUUUUUCCCAGAGUUGUGACUGAAGUAAACAGCUCCGUUCUGGGUGUGUUGAGUAGACUUAUUCAAGAAUUAGUGAGGUCAGAUUCCUGUGAACAAUUCAGAACUUGGGGUUGUGCUUUUGCAAAAUGGAGCCUCACAAUGGGGGUGAGAGGGGACCUGGUAGGUGAUGGGGUUCAGCCCUUGAGACCAACGCCUCGGACUCCUGGACUUACCCAUGCUUGCAUCUGGCCUGGGACAUCCUUGGGGGUGAGAGGCUCUCCACCUUGUAAGAAUGGUUCAGUAGUUGUAAUUCCUGUUGUUAGAAAGCCUUACUUUGUGUUUAGAAGAAGUUAUCUCCAUCUAACAUGUGAUUCACUGGUUUGGCUUUUAUCAGGCUCAUGAAUAAGUGUAUACAUGGCAGCCUUUCAAAUGUUUGGAAAAGAAAAUCCCUCUGCAUUCCUCCUGAAAAUUCUGGUUUUUAAGAGAAGUCUCAGUUUCAUGCGUUGUUCCACCAGCAGGAGGUGUGGUGUGUUUCUGUUUUGAGCUGGUCUCAGCGUCAGUAACUGGUGUGGGUGGACCAGCCCUUGUGGUUCUCAGGAUUGCAAGACACCCUUCAGCAAUGACCCUCAGGAAACUUUGAAAAAAUAAAGGUUUAUUACUUAGAGCACCUGGAAGUAUCACAAGGAGGUGGUAUGUAGAGUGAGAGAGAACACUUGGGCCUGGGUUUAUGCUCUUAUUGGGAUUGAGGGUGGGGCAUAGGGUUUAAUUACUCUUUAUUGGUGAAUGAAAAACAUAAAAGUGUUACAGCCUGGGAAGGAAUGUUGGUGGCCUGCCUAAAUGGUCAGUUAGUGAAAUCAGCCUGGUUCUCGGAAACAGGAGCCUCAGUCAGGGGACAGGGCCUGGCUCUCUAUUUAGUGCUGUGGCUGGCGAUGUGUAUUGGGACAGCCCUCUUUGAAGUGGAUGCCUGGGCAAUCAAAGCUUAGGUUAGGCACUUGUAUUACAGAAAAGAAACAACCGUCAGGGUCCUUUUCCAGCUCAUCUGCCACACGAAUUACUUUGUCCAUAUUCCCCUUAACAAGUGAUAUUCAGGUUGGAACAUGGGCCUCCAUGUGUAGUCUGACAAACCUGGCAUAGACUGGAAUCCAGAUCCCCCAUUAUUAGGCCUCGUGCGGUGUUGACCUGGCCACAGUCACAGCUGCCUCUUCUGUCUGUCGUGAGACCUUCUCACUCCUGCUCCUGCUCAGCCAGUGUCCUCAGCCAGCAGUUGGUUUUGGGAGGAGCGGGUAUGAGAGUAGGGUUUUCUUUCUGGGCUGUGGUCAGUUAACUGCAGAGUAGUGAACUACCUGAAGACUGUAAAGUCUGACCAAGUCCAGCAUCCAAGAAAUUAUUUGCCAUUACUUUGAAUAUCGAGUUUGGAUUGUAGAAUCAGGUUUAGUUUGGCAAGGAUAUCUCGGAAACUUCUGUUGCUGUGGAACCUCCUGUUUUUGGUGGCAUUACCGCUGAUCACAUCAGUGGUUGGUAGUAAGCAGUGAUUGUUUCCAGUGUGAGGGAGUGGAGUGUUACAUUACCAGGCAGACUUAAUAAUAAAUAUCAGACCCUACAUAUGGUCACAUACAUCCUACCAGUGGCAACAGAGAGGGUUACCCCAUAGUUACUUAGCCUGUCAUUCUGGGUAAAGAAUACCAACAUGUUAUGUACUAAAGAAAGUUUUUACCUUGAGGAUUUCCAAAAGCUGCAUUUGGUGCAGGAUAAAGAACCUCGGCUUUAGGCCAGACCAUCAGGGUUUGAAUUCCAACCAUCCCCUCAUGCACUGGUGUGUGUGGUAAUGGGCCAAAUAACCACUCAGUCCCAGUUUGCUUCAUGCUGUUGUGAAGCCAAAGCAGGGUUGUGAUUGGCAGGUGACACCUAUAAAAAGAUUAUAGCUAUUUUUACUAGAAAGCUAGCCUUCACUUACGGAAUAAACUUUGAAAGUGAGGCAAAACUGAAAAUAAAUGAUAGGUAUUUAGUAGAAAAAUGAAACAUGCCCAACAUAUAGUUUGUGUUGUCUUCUGAAGAUUAGAAUGGUGGUUUUGAGAUAGAAUGAUAGAACAUUAUAUACAGGCUUCUGGGUGGAAAGGUGGGUUUCAGACCCUCCAUCGGGGAUUUGUGAUUUCUGGGCUUCUUCCUAAAUAGACUUUUAAGCAGCCAAACAUGACUCCACUUUUAACCAGUGACCCCCAAUUCUAAGAUGACUGUCCUGGACUAGGGGUAUAGACUUUAGCUCUGGAACUGAGUGGUUUAUCCAAGAUUAAGGUCGACCUCGUUAGCAAGCAUCCCAUCUGGCCAUGGACCAUGACCUAACAAGGGCUCUGAAACAACUUAAAGGUGAAGAUGAAAUAACUGAACUGCCCUAGUGAUAUGAAAAGUUGAUUUCCAAAUUCUUGAUGAACGGUUCCACCCAUAAAAUGGAAGAGCAUUUGUAUUAAGCUCCUCCUUUCACACAUUUUGUGUAUUUGUAAAAAGCUGGCAUUCAUCUGUAAGGUUUAUUUUCAUUCCUGGGAAAGCCUCUUCCACCACAGUUGUCAGCUGGGUGCGUGAGGCAUGUAUAUGGAAACUCUACCCCCAGUAUUUCUUUAUGAUUCUUGUUCAGCUGUUAGAAAUCCAUAGGAUUGUGAGGGGGAAAGCAGUAUAAACUUUGUAAUAAUAAAAGAAUAGUAUGUUGUUAUGGAAGUUACCUGACUUAGAUACUUAGAAGUGCUUGGAAAGUCUGGUGUUUUCUUUUUUUCCCCAACAAUUUAUAUUAGAUGUUUUGUAAAACAUAACUAUUUUAUGUGAGAUACAUGGGUAAGUAUAAAAUUGGAAAAGAUGCAGUUUUAGGAAGAGCAAGUCCUCAACAGAUGAAGGCGUUGUCCCCUGUGAAUGAGAGGGAGGCACAGUGUGUUUCAGUAGUUGGCUCAGAGGGAACAUAUGCUGUUACUUUUUCUUCUUGAAGGCAGUUGGGAAGAAGUAUUGCCUAAGUGUGAUUUUGAAGAUGGGAGGUGCUGUGAGUGCUGGUGAAGAUAAUGACGAGCUAAUAGAUAAUUUGAAAGAGGCACAGUACAUCCGGACUGAACUGGUAGAGCAGGCUUUCCGAGCUAUUGAUCGUGCAGAUUAUUAUCUUGAAGAAUUUAAAGAAAAUGCUUAUAAAGACCUAGCUUGGAAGCAUGGAAACAUCCACCUCUCAGCCCCAUGCAUUUACUCAGAAGUGAUGGAAGCCCUGGACCUGCAGCCGGGGCUCUCCUUCCUGAACUUGGGCAGCGGUACUGGCUACCUCAGCUCCAUGGUGGGGCUCAUCCUAGGUCCUUUUGGUGUAAACCACGGUGUGGAACUUCAUUCAGAUGUGAUAGAGUACGCAAAGCAGAAGCUAGACUUCUUCAUCAGAACAAGCGAUAGCUUUGACAAGUUUGAAUUCUGUGAACCUUCCUUUGUUACUGGAAAUUGCCUGGAGAUUUCUCCAGAGUGUUCUCAAUAUGACCGAGUGUAUUGCGGGGCUGGUGUGCAGAAAGAGCAUGAGGAGUACAUGAAGAGCCUUCUCAAAGUCGGAGGGAUCCUUGUCAUGCCGCUGGAAGAGAAGUUGACUAAGAUAACGCGUACUGGUCCUUCUGCUUGGGAAACCAAAAAGAUUCUAGCUGUUUCUUUUGCUCCUCUGAUCCAGCCCUGCCAUUCAGAAUCAGGAAAAUCAAGACUUGUCCAGUUACCACCCUUGGCGGUCCGCAGCCUCCAGGACUUGGCUCGCAUAGCCAUCCGGGGCGCCAUUAAAAAGGUCAUUCAUCAGGAAACACUGAGCAGAAACGGAAAUGGACUGAAGAAUACUCCGAGGUUUAAACGAAGGAGAGUUCGCCGCCGUCGAAUGGAAACAAUUGUCUUUUUGGACAAAGAGGUCUUUGCCAGUCGGAUUUCCAACCCCUCUGAUGACAACAGCUGUGAAGACUUGGAAGAGGAACGGAGGGAAGAAGAGGACAAAACCCCGCCUGAAACGAAGCCAGACCCCCCAGUCAACUUCCUGCGUGAGAAGGUCCUGAGCCUCCCCCUGCCAGAGCCCCUGAAGUACUACCUGCUUUAUUACAGAGAAAAGGCACAGGAAUGGUGGGCUCAAUUUCAAUUGGAAAUUUCGAGCUAAGACGCUGAACUGGAGAGCCACAAAACUGCCGGAAAAGGGUGAACUGUGGGCGUGCCGUGCCCUGCGCUGUGCCCGGAGCCUCGGCAGGGGAGGGCACGCAGCAUCUGGGGACGGUUGUGGCGGCGAGGACAGAUCGAGCGCGACCCCUGGCCGCCCGGGGGCGCAGCUGGCGAGGCGGGUCUCGGGCACCUGGUUGUAGGCGCAGGGCCGCGUGUCCCACCUGCCCGCCAUGGCUCCUCGGUGCUUCCCCGGGGAUUUCACAGCGGCUCCUUCUUCGGCUUGGCUGCUCGGAACACGGCACUCGAGGGGUUCGGGGCGUGGCGGAGCAGCCGGCUGCCGGCGCCCUGCUGUCCGGAGCCUUGUCAGGUCCUCUUUCGGUGCAUGUGAACGCUGUCGAGAAACUAGGUGGACACAUGGAGAAGGCAAUGGAUGAAACAUUACUUAGGUUUAUGUACAUUAUUCAUAUGCCAACUGGCAUUUAGCAAAAAUGCACUUUUCUGGCCUUAAUAGAAGUAAACGUUGUUACCAACAAUUUUUUACUUUUGGUGAGAAAAAUCACAGUUUAAUUGGCAUCACAUUUGUAACUGGUGCAUAGAAUAAUACCUGUUUUGUAAACGUUGACACCCUACAUUAGAUGAAAUGUGUAAAUUUCUCGAACUUUGAUAAUAAAAUCAGAGUUUGUUAAAAGUCAGUUACUACUUAGUUGGUAACUGUAAACCCAUAUGGUCCCGGGUUAUUUUCCAAUGGGAGAUUUCUAAACACCAAGCUUUUCUAUGUUCAGUGGUCUGAACAUAGAAGAAAAUAAGUAUUUUCUUUAGGGUACAUUUUCUCAUGUGUAUUUUUAAAAGGAAAUCAUCCACUUCCUCUAGGUUUCCCAUUAGAUUCAGUUUGUUUUUCUUACUGACUUUUAAUUUCUCUUCUCUUUCUAGUUUUCUCCAGGAUUGU